GAUGCUGCAAGGCAAAUAAAAAAUACAAAUGCCUAAAUGCUUGAUUAACCUGAUGAUUUCCACGAGUAAUAUAUGCAACAUUAAUUAAUAAAUAAACAAGAUAAUUUAAAUGUUAAGCGGCGAACAGAAUUAUUUACUUUAGUAAGCCAAACAAGAUUAUUUAAAUUUGUUGUGAAAGAAAGUUGACGGUUUUUAAAAAACUCUGCUUAAAGCUGAAACCGACCUUUACGAAUUGGAUAAACAAGAUAUCUUGGAUAAAUUAUCUCCCACUCAUGAUAAGCUUGGCGCAAGCAAUUUGAACGCACACACAGCCACCUGACCAGCCAUCUCAGCCUCCCAUUCCCAUCCACUCCCCACUCAGGGGAGCCACGUAAAUUGAGCGGACCACAAUCGCCAUCAUGUACGGCAUGCUAUAUGAGAGCGUACAGCACUAUAUACAGGAAGAGUACGGCAUGGAUACGUGGAAGAAGAUUUGCCACAUUGUCGACUGCAAGCACAACAGCUUUAAGACCCAUCAGAUAUAUCCGGAUAAGCUGAUGCCAGAUUUCGCAGCAGCUCUAUCCGCCGUAACGGGCCAGUCCUUUGACUUUUGCAUGAACUUCUUUGGCAAAUGUUUUGUGCGUUUCUUCAGCAACUUUGGUUACGAUAAAAUGAUACGUUCCACGGGUCGCUAUUAUUGUGAUUUCCUGCAGUCCAUCGAUAAUAUACAUGUGCAAAUGAAAUUCACCUAUCCGAAGAUGAAGUCACCCAGCAUGCAGCUGACCAGCAUGGAUGACAAUGGAGCGGUUAUAUUAUAUCGUAGUGGUCGGACCGGCAUGUCCAAGUACCUCAUCGGGCAGAUGACGGAAGUUGCAAAGCAGUUCUAUGGCUUGGAUUUGAAGGCCUAUGUUAUUGAGAGCCAGAAUGAUAUAUGUGGCGGCACUGCUGGACCCAUUAAGCUAACAGACGGUCCCUUAACGGUCAUUGUCAAGUAUCGCUUGGAUUUUGACAAUCGCGAUUAUAUGGCAAAGCGUGUUAAUAUUGUUGCUCAUCCGACUCAAGUUAAGAUGCCACCUGUGGAUCUGAAUGUAUUUCUCGAGCUAUUUCCCUUUACGGUUGUCUUAAAUCAUGAUAUGAAAAUAACGCUGGCCGGGGAAAAGAUUAUUGAGACGUGGAUUCUACACAAUCCAGGCGUUAAUCCUAAGCACUUUAUUGGUACCCACGUCAUGGACGUGUUUAAGUGCCGGCGACCAAAGGACACCAAAGUCGAAUGGGAAACCAUUUUGCAGAUGCGAACGGUUCUAUUCGAGUUUGAGCUGAUACGCACCGGGAACAAUCGAGCCGCCUACGAUGCGGCCCUGAAUGCUGACUAUGAUGAUCUCGAUAGCUGUGACGAUCUGAGCUUGAACGAGGCACAGACCAUGGCACUGGCUAAGGCCGCGGAGUUUGAAAAAGAGCAUGCGAAGGAUGAAUUAGAAGUGGCGGCCGCAAAGGAAGAAAUUGAUGAGGCGACAGGACAGCGUCGACCUUCUGUGGGUCUGCGCUCCAUUCUACUCAAGGGACAGAUGUUCUACAUUAAGGAUGUGGACUCUUUGAUCUUUCUGUGCAGUCCUCUGAUAGAGAAUCUUGAUGAGCUGCAUAGCAUUGGUUUGUAUCUAAAUGAUCUAAAUCCACAUGGCCUGAGCCGUGAACUGGUUAUGGCGGGGUGGCAGCAUUGCUCCAAGCUAGAGAUGUUGUUCGAGAAAGAGGAACUACGCUCCGAUGAGCUGGAGAAAUCUUUGGAAUUGGCGGACUCCUGGAAGCGUCAAGGUGAUGAGCUUUUAUACUCGAUGAUACCGCGACCAAUUGCCGAAAAGAUGAGAUUGGGACAAGAGCACGUCUGUCAGAGUUUUGAGGAGGUCUCCGUCAUUUUUAUUGAGGUGAUGAACAUCUACGACAGCGGAGCAAACAGCAUACAGGAUGCUAUGCAGGCUGUUACUACUUUGAACAAGGUGUUCUCAGCACUCGAUGAGGAGAUCAUAUCACCAUUUGUCUAUAAGGUGGAAACUGUGGGCAUGGUCUACAUGGCGGUGUCCGGAGCACCGGAUAUAAAUCCUCUGCAUGCCGAGCACGCUUGCGACAUGGCCCUGCGCGUUAUAAAAAAGGUUAAGGCACACAAUCUGCAAGAUGUGGCUAUCCGAGUCGGUAUCAACUCGGGUCCAGUCGUCGCAGGGGUAGUUGGCAUGAAGGUGCCGAGGUAUUGCCUGUUUGGAGAUACUGUGAAUACGGCCUCACGCAUGGAGAGCAGUUGCGAUCCGUGGAAGAUCCAGUUGUCCAAUUAUACGGCGAUAAAGGUGCGUGAGGUGGGCUACAAGGUGGAGGCGCGUGGCUUUGUGAAAGUUAAGGGAAAGGGCGACAUGGAAACGUAUUGGCUGCUGGAGGGACCGGAAUAAUAUUAAUUUACUCACAGAUUAUCAUCUUAUGUAUUAGUCAAAUCUUAAAUAAACUCUUUGUAGAGCUU